GACUCGAACAUUUUGAAAACCCUUUCACCUGCAACCCUCGCCGCCGAUCAGCACAGAUAGAGAGAAAGAGAAAGAGAAAGAGAGAAUUAGUCCAGGAUGAGUCGGAGCCUAGGAAUUCCGGUGAAGCUGUUACAUGAAGCCGCCGGACACAUAGUGACGGUUGAACUCAAAAGCGGGGAAGUUUACAGAGGAAGCAUGAUAGAAUGCGAAGACAACUGGAAUUGUCAACUAGAAAAUAUCACUUUCACCGCUAAGGAUGGAAAGGUGGCUCAACUUGAGCAUGUCUUCAUUCGGGGCAGCAAAGUCAGGUUCAUGAUCAUACCAGAUAUGCUUAAGAAUGCUCCUAUGUUCAAGCGUCUAGAAGCUAGAAUUAAGGGCAAAGGUUCAGCACUUGGUGUUGGUCGGGGUCGUGCUGUCGCCAUGCGAGCUCGAGCUCAGGCUGCAGGUCGAGGAGCUGCGGCUCCUGGUAGAGGGAGGUGAUCAAUCUCUGAAUCGAUAUCAAAUGUAUUAUUAUGAAGUAAAAGACGGAUUUCAUCAAUGGUUAGGUUUUUCAUUUUGAUAUGUAAGAAUUGGAUAUUUGAUUUAAAGCUUAAGCAUGUUCUAAAUGAUGGUCCCUUUGUUGGU